AUGUCAUCAAAAAAUUUUCCGUUGACACAAGGUGAUGGAUAUGGAAUUGUCGUGGGCUUUGGAGCACUCUUCGCUAUGGGCAUGGUUGCUGCUACUUUCUGUCUAAAACGAUAUCAUAGUGAAGCAACAGAUUCAAGUGAAGGUUUCUCGACAGCUCAUCGAACAGUUAAAACAGGUCUAAUUGCAUCGGCUGUCGUCUCAUCAUGGACAUGGGCUGCUACUCUUUUACAAUCGAGUUCAGUUGCAUAUUCCUAUGGACUUUCAGGCCCAUUUUGGUAUGCAAGUGGAGCGACUGUACAAAUAAUUUUAUUUUGUGUUAUCGCCAUUGAACUUAAACGUCGAGCUCCAUUUGCACACACAUUUCUAGAAGCUAUUCAUGCUCGAUAUGGUCGAAUAGUUCAUAUUGUUUAUAUUUUCUUUUGCUUAUGUACAAAUAUUCUCGUUACAUCAAUGUUAUUAACAGGUGGUUCAGCUGUUGUUCAUUCUCUUAGUGGAAUGCAUAUUGCUGCUGCAUGUUUUCUUUUACCAUUAGGAACAAUUAUUUAUACAAUGUUUGGAGGAAUUAAAGCUACAUUUCUUACAGACUAUGCACAUACUGUAGCUGUUCUCAUUAUUAUUCUUUAUUUUGCAUUUACUACCUAUGCAGCAUCGCCUUUACUUGGUUCACCAUCAGCAGUCUAUGAUUUAUUGGUCAAUGCUAGUCACGUACAUCCUGUUUAA